ACACACGCGUGAAGCUGCCGAAGCCCCAUAAACACGUUACGCCCAGUAAACAUCAAGCCGUAUUGAGAUACAAGAAAGAGACAAAGAGUGCUCUGUUCCUCACAUACAUAGAUAUACUAGUGUUAUAAGUGCCUAACAUGUAUAUAGACUCGUAUAUAGACUUCGGUCCUCGGAUUCUCUUUAUACAACGACUGUCUCGAAUUUAAAUAGGCAUGUGGCUUUGGGACUAAAAAUACGAAAAAAACGUGUUUAAAUGUGUUUUGAUUUAUUAUGUAAAAAAUUCGAUAAAAAAAUAGGUUAGUGAAAGUGCAUUGUGAAGUGCAAUGUAAAGUUCAAUUUAUCAGCAAGAUAUUUUUUUAUCAACAGACUUUCAAUUAUGGCUGCAGAGGUUAUGAGUGAGGUUACACAUGCUCGUGUUAAAUAUUUAACAGAUGAUUUUAUAGAGACGAUACCAAUUGACAACAUCAUAGAAUUUGAAAAUAAUAAACCGAAGCACAGGAAGGACUUUGAUCGUACUAAAGUUUAUAAAGCUAAGUACCAGGAUGAGAAAAAUACAAAGGGAGUCAUCUUAAAAAUUCAAAUAGCUGAUUUAGCCUGUGGACUUGAUGAAGCAGAGAAAUUGGAGAGUAUUCGACCAAAAUUUGCUCGGCUUCAUAAAGAUGACAUUCCAAGUACAAGUUAUGAUAACGAGACAAAUGAAGAAAAUUCAGAUGAACUAGAAUAGAGUGAAGAAGAAAGUGAUGUACUACAAACAAUGAGAAUAAAGAUCAAUAAGAAAAAGAAGAUUUUAAACAAACGUGGAUGUUCAAUUAUCAACCAGCUUAGUAAGCCAAGGCAUUCAUUAUCAUUUUAUGAUAGCAACGAUGAGUCAGAUGAUUUAACAAGUAACAAUGAAACAGAUCCUUUAGCUUUCUCAACUUUACGUAACAACCAUAGCGAUGCUGGAACACCAGAAGAGAUCUCAUCAGAAAGACAAAAUCAUAACGGAGAACCUGUUCUGCAAGAAAAUGGUCAACGAAACCCAGAAAAUGUACAUAAUCAAUCGAACGCAGUAGAAGGUGCACUUAAUCAAUCAAACGGAGAAGAAAAUGAACAUAAUCAGCCAGAUGCGGAUAACGAACCUAUACCUGAAGAAAACUACUCAUUGAACAAUAAAUUUCUAAGUAAAUUUAUCAUUGAAUCGAUUGAUUAUUAUAAAGCAACGGAAGGUCAUGGAUAUGAGGAGAGAAAUGCUCGCUAUAAACCAGUAAAUGAUACAGGAGAGCUUUACCUCGGCGAACAAAAAACUGUGAGACCAGAUGUAUGGAGAAUGUUGCAGACAGAAAAGCCUAAUGUGUUUUUGAGAGAAAUAAUAAUGAAAUUGUGGACAGCUAGAGAUUUGGCAAAUAGGGCUCUCGACUUAAAGAAAGUACAUAUAAAUAUACCAAAUAGGUCUCCAGUAAAACGAAUUCAACUAAGUUUGUUGAGGCUAUUAAUAAGUAUAUUCAAUGAUUUCUUGGAACGACAAAGAGGAUAUUCGCCUGAGGAAAAGGCUAAAAUGUUGAGAGGUUCAACUUAUAUUUUAUCUCAAAAAAUCAGGGAUUUACGAAGUCAAGAAAGAGGAAAAAGCGCAGCAAGAAAGCGCGUACGUUACAACUAAUAAUUUAGAUUUUCAAUAAAAAAAAAUAAUUCUAAGGUUUACUGUGAUCUUUAACAAAAAAAAGUUAAAUUAAUGUAAGAUUUCAAAUCAAAACGAAAGUAUUAGUUAUUUUUACUGUUAGAUACUUAAAGAGUUUUUUUUAUUUUUAUGAAAUUUUAUUUCUGUGCCAAAGAAAUAUUUGGUAUUAACAUAAAAUAUUUAUCAUGGUAUGUAUUUAAUACCUGACUGAGUCAUAGAGAAAUAUUAGUAUUAUUUUAAUAAUAUUUAAAUAAUAAAUAAUAAAUCGUUGAUCGAUAUGAAGUAAAAUUUAAAUCAUUAAAAAGAAUUUAUAUUCAUUUUCGCAAUACAACUUUUUCAAAGUUUAAAAUAAGAGUUAUAAAAAGUUAUAACUGUACUUUGAAUAAUAGCGCAAGAAGCCGCAAAAGUAGUUGUGCAACAAUCAUUAAACAAAAAAUACUCCUUUAUGUUGACUAUGAAAAAAAUUGUAUUCCUUCUUUCUUUUCAUAUAAUAUGAUCUUAUGUAAGUUAUAUGUAUAAUGUAAACCUGAAAUAAAAAUUUUUUUACGACAU